UGACGCAGCCCAUUAUUGCACUUCCUCGAACUCACUCCUGCAAAAGCUCUGGAAAUGCGAAUUAAGUACGUAAGAUUCUGCCUUGAAAGAAACAGAUCUUUCUAGUAUUUCUUGGAAUGGAAACCUGAAGGUGAGUUAGGAAGAUCAUUGACAGGUCUGCUGCACUCACAUCAAAUUACUGGACUUCAUCCUUCAAAAUUCUCUGUUCACAUCUGACCACUGAUUUCUGACCUGUACAAGAUGGACCAAUCAAUUGACCCUGAGAUGGUCAUUGAUGAACUGCCUCUUCCUACUCUCUUCAAGCUGUCUGAUCUACUUGAUAUCCCUGAUGGCAGGGGGAGGCCAUAUUGGAAGGAACUCAUAGCCGUGUUGCCCGGAAAAAUGUACUCAGAUAUACAAAUCAACAAAUUUAGUAUGGCUGGUUUGAGAUUGAAUGGAGACAGCUCUGCAUACACUUUAUUGCUAGACUUAGGCAAAAGACACAACAAGACAGUCAAACAAUUAGCUUCUUACCUAGAUAAACUACAUUAUGAGGCAGCUCUUCUACUUAUCAAAGCACCAGAGCAACUCUCAAUUAUUGAUAGUCCAUUAUCAUCUAGUAUAAUGACAGGAGAUACAAUCAAGUUUGCAUGCAAAGCAAAAGGUUUUCCAUAUCCCAGAUACCAGUGGUACAGGGCUCAUACAAAGGAUGGCGAAGGAGAUGAAAUCAUUUACGAUGAAGUCAGCGGUGCGGUCGACUCAGUCCUUGAAAUCCAAGCUGCAGAUUGUAGUCAUUCUGGGGGUUAUUGCUGUAAAGUCUACCAUAUACCCAAUGGCAAGGAGUGUUCAAAGUUCACAGACUGGGCCUACCUCACUGUACUUAGGAGAUCUUCAGGUCCACCUAGCACUAGCCCAGGUGGGCAAAUCCGAGCCCCACCGGUGAUCAGAUACCACCCAGAGGCAAACCUCAAUGUAAACCAGGGGCAGGAGUUGGUAUUGACAUGCAGGGCUACCGGUUGUCCCAAGCCAGAAUUUCAGUGGUUCAAGUACGAGGACAACCCCAAGACAGGUGCAGUCGAGAGGAAGCUCAUCGAAGGAUAUAAUUCGGAAGUUCUACAGUUUGCUCAAGCAACUCUUGGUGACAGCGGUCAGUACAUCUGCUAUGUCGCCAACACUGUUAGUGGAGCAUGGAGCAACACUAGCAACGUGAAAGUGACAACCAUGGCCCAGAACCUGAUGAGACGUUGCCAUAUUGAGAUCCUAAGGGAUCCCAUUGAUGUUCAGUGUAUACCGGGAGCUCCUCAGACGCUGGAAUGCUUGGCUUCCUGCAGUACAGCAAAGCUUCACUAUCAGUGGUACAAGAAUGAGCAUCCAAUGGAAGGUGAAACAUCACACCAGCUGUGCUUCCCAGAAAUGAAAAUGACUGAUGCUGGCAGGUAUUUCUGCCGAGUGACAGCAGACAGUGGACAGUCUGUAGACUCCAAGGUUGCAGAACUGAAGUUCCCCAUCCCCAAAGAAAGAUUUACAGCAACAGACAAGGUGGCCUUACUUAUUGGAAACGAGGCUUACAGGUCGGGUGACUUACUGAGCGCGCCCGGUAACGACAUGGAGAAACUAGCAAGGAACCUGUAUGAAAUGCAAUUCAAGGUGGUGUCUCUUCUCAAUCUUACUGUGGCUGAGAUGAAAAAAGCCCUGAAGAUCUUCUGUUCAUUACUUGAUGAUGGAGUAUAUGGUUUGUUCUACUUCAGUGGUCAUGGGUUUGAGAAAAAUGGGCAGACAUACAUGGUUCCUGCUGACGCCCCUACUGGCUACUACCCCAAAGAGUGCAUGUGUGCCCAGGAGGUACUGGAAAAUAUGCAGGGAAGAAAUACCGCCCUCAAUGUUAUACUUCUGGACAUCUGCCGCAAGAUUAAUGACAUGGCUCAGGGUGAAGUUGAAGUAUUCACACCUAAAGUGACAGGAAACACAGUGUAUGGAUAUGCAGCUCAGAUCAACUCAGAAGCAUAUGAGGUCAGCAAGCAUGGCUAUGCCAUCUUUACCAAAUAUCUUGAGAAACGAAUCAAAGAAGACAAAUGUAUUUACGAUAUCAUCAGAGAUGUCAUGAAAGAUGUGAGUGGCGACCAUGAUGCAUGUAACAAACAGUUCCCAGCCAUAAUGGGUGACUUGACAAAAGAACUGUCCCUGCAGGAUGCUAUCCAGUAUACGGGACACACUUCUGAAUUCAACAUCCGUAAUGAGGCAUGGACAAGAAGUCACGAGCUUCCUCACGACAUCCGGAUCCCACUAGUUGAACCUCCUCGCGGGAUAGAAGCCCAUGUUGAGUUUGGUCUUCGUUUCUCCAAUGUGAUGGUGAUUACCACUACGAUCCUCACUAGGGGUGUGACCACAUGGUGUGAGGCCUUCCCUACUGAAUUUCCAUCUCAGGUUGAUAUCAAACUCAUGAAAGGACAAAUGCCAGUGCCUGAUGCUAAUGGAAGACAGUGUCAGCUACCCUUCUACAAAGCAACAAUAGAAAACAUCCAAAGGAUUGAGAGACGGGAAGACUUCACCUUCACCCUGAUUGUGAACUAUGAAUUCCAAGGCAAGCGUUUCCAGGACUCUGUAGGCAUCAAGAUAGAGCGCCCUCUAAUAUCCCAGGUGUGGCUCAUGGAGGACGAUGGCGUAGAAGACUCGUUUACGGAGACUGAAUAUCCAGACUCCACGACAUCCAACUCACUCAUGUGAAGAGACGUUUCUCUGCUCCUCUCAUGAACUGCACUGGCUUCCAUCUGAUUGAAUAACAAAGUUUAAGCUGCUUCUGUUACUGAUAAAGCUCUUCAUGGUAGUGAAUAUCUUAAUCCAAGCGCACACUAUGUGAUUCCUUGCGAUCUAAAUAUCAAAUAAAUUGCAAUAACAUUUGAGAUCAACAUUCCAGCCGAUAAAAUCUUAGCAAUCAGAGUUCAGAAUAAUGGUAAGGACUACUGAAUUCAAAAUCCAGUCUACUUCGAGCCUCACUGUAGGAAUAAAUUCAAAUUCAAUUUCAAAUCGUAAUGAUGUCAUCAUUGACUUGAAGCCAAGUUGGACUUUACUCCGACCACAGGGCUUGCCGCAAAGCUAAAUUAAUGAUUUUAUAAAUAAAAUAAUUUUACUUUUUGGAACCUUCACAUUUACUGCAAAAUGCGAUUUUAUUUAAAAAAAUUGUGUCGCAUCGUAUCGCAUAGUGUGUGCUGGGCUUUUAUGGGGAUUUGAUACCAGGGUUGCGUAACAACUGUUAGCUUGAUUUGGACGAUUCACUGUACAUUGUAGUCGGUGCAAUCAAUUGUAAAAAAGCACUCUACUAUGAUUGCUAAGCUUUGUGUUAGGGCCCCAUUUGAGUGUUUACCCGUUAAUUAGUGUUGUCAAUUACCCUUGGUUUUCACUGCAGCUGUGUUUGCAAAAUUACGAUGAUGAGACAGCAAGUUAGCUGUGCUUCGUUGAAGGGAUUUUUAUUGCAGUAUUUUCCAAUACUUUUUAGAUUCCAGGGUCGGCAAAUUGUAGCCAACUGCAAUUCAAUGCUGAAUAUAAUCUGCCAUUUAACAGCUAAUGUUUUAUCGUGAGGCUGCCCGGGUUUAGGACCAGUUAUUCUAGAUGAGCACUCUUUACAGAAAUAAUGUCAAACCAGUUUUUUACUUUGAGAUGCAUAGGGGAGUAUACAGUGCUAGUCAGAAAAAAUGUUACACUUUUUAAAGUAAUUAUUUUUUAAAGAACAUUGGGAUUCAGAAAGAAUUUCUAGCAUGUAUGGAUAGAGUGAAUAUUCCUUUGUCACUUGGUAAAAUUUGUUUCAGUGUUGUUGUUAUGGUCGAGUGCACAACAGCCAUUGUUUGAAAAAGUGUCAAAACCCAUUUGCGCCAAGUCAGGUGAUUAUGCCUACCUGCUGAAACAGAGACAAAAGCAUUCACACAAACAAUGAGCGUAAAGCUUAAGCAGCGUUUGUAAGUAAAAUAAACAAGAGAACCAGUAAAUCAAUAAAUUAUCUUCACUGAAAAGCUCCUUUUCAGUGUCAUUUUGGCCACAAUUUGGACAAAGCUUCUUGCCUUCAAAUCUUCCACAUGUUGUCAAUUUCUCUCAAUGCACUUCUGAGCUCGAUGAAGCAUCGCUGCCAUGGCCCUGCGAAGUGUCUGCCUGUCUUCGUCUUGGGGUACCUGAAGUCAAAAGUGUAGAGCACCCUACCUGCAGAUCUGGAUGACUUGCAGCAGCACAUCAUCAGAGCAGCAUGUGGAAGAUUUGAAGGCAAGAAGCUUUGUCCAAGUUGUGGCCAAAAUGACAAUGAAAAGGAGCUUUUCAGUGAAGAUAAUUUAUCGAUUUACGGGUUCUCUUGUUUAUUUUUCUUGAUAAAUAAUACCUUGGUCACAUUUGUUCUACGGCGGCCGUACGGCGAGUCUAAAACAGCCGUUUUAACAUCUUUUUGGUACCAGCUACAUAAAGGUGGUUUGAAUAAAAAUUAAUAAAACGGCUGUUUUCGACUCGCCGUAGAACAAAUGUGACCAAGGUAUAACAUAUGCAUAAACUUUACGCUCGUUUUUUCAAUUCAAGACUUUAUUCCAGACACAGCUGCAUAUGCAGAGGUCCAUAUCAACAAAUAACAUACAUGUAAUAUACAUCAAGACAAACAUACAAAGAUAAUUCUGGAAUAAACAAAGAACAAAUAAAGUAUAAACAGUCGAAAAGGAGAAAAACAAAUCACGCUGAUAACUAGGAACAAACAAUGAAUACCUAAAACAAGUGGUUAAGCAAUAAGUGAAAAGUACAAUGGAAAUAUUUACAUAUGGCAAAAUGAGUAACUUGUCUCGAAAAAGACAAAGAUACAGACUAAUAUUAGUAGACCACUAGUUACUUAUGACUCUGCUAACAAAUUGUCAUACCAACGCUUCCACAGUUCCGAGGUGUACCUCGUACAGCUCUGUAAAGGGUUGACCAAUAUACAUGUAUUUACAAUAGCAUUUUCAGAAAUGUCAAUUGUCAUUGUUUGUGUGAAUGCUUUUGUCUGUUUAAGCAGGUAGGCCUAAUCACCUGACUUAAUUGGCGCAAAUGGGUUUUGACACUUUUUCAAACAAAGGCUGUUGUGCACUCAACCAAAACAACACUGAAACAAAUUUUACCAAGGGACUAAGGAAUAUUUACUCUAUCCAUACAUGCUAGAAAUUCUCUCUGAAUCCCACAUUUUCUUUAAAAAUACUUAAUUCAAAAAGUGUAACAUUUCUCUGACUCGCACUGUAUAUAGAAAUUGCAUAAACUUCAUAUUUUCAAGUGAUUGUAUGGUUAUCAUAUUCCACUGGAGCAUCUUUCCAGCGCACAUAAUUCCUGUUUUCCUUAGAUGUCCAUGUCAAUGGUUAUAUGUCUCACAUUCCCAUUUAGCCAUUGCCUUUGUACCCAUGAUCCAACUCAAUCCAAUAUAUUAUUUAAUUGGAUUACACAUUCUGUUAUGUUAAACCACAUUUUACAUUCCUAGAGUAGAUUAUUUAUUUAUUGUUCAUUUCAUGUUAUGAAAUGAAAAAGAAAAUGUGGGGUUUUGUGACAUUAUCACACACUCAGACUUGAAGUAACUUUGUUUGAGGUUUUGGAAACAAUUUCAAACUUAAAAGGUCUACGAUAUUUCUAUUGUAAAAUCUUUUUUCUUUAUGUCUUUGUUCAUACUUGUGUAUUUUUUAUUAAAUCAACAUCAUUUUAUGAUCUAGAGGUGAAGUACCUGUUUAAGUGUUAUAAACAAGAUCAUGUAAAAAUGAAUUCUGUCAUGAAUUACAUUACAUGUAUAUUCAUUUAUUUUUUUGGAGACCAAAUGAAGAUCACAAAUAUCAAAUUAUUCAUUUUGUAAUUAUUAUGUUGAGAGAUGCACAUUCUUGCUAUGGAUGAUUUUUCUAGAAUUUUUCUUUCAUUAUUUCCUUCAUGCCUUAAUUCUGCCCCAAAAAUGAAUCAUUCUACUAGCAAGAUUAGAAUACUAAUAGAAUACAUCCAGACAUUCCUCAUUUACACUUGACUAAUGAAUCAAUAGACAAUUCACUCUGACAGUUUUACAUAAUUACAUAUGUAUGUUCAUCAUGAAUUAAAAGAAAAUAGAAUUAUUAACUUUAAUGCGGUAAUGUUGCUCCACCCAUCUCUCCAUAAAUACAUUGGGCAAAUCUAUGCUAAUGUCAGAUCACCCUGCAGUCUACAUCUGAUAUCCAAGCAUCAAUUCUACAUUUAGGAAAAUCAGACAUAGUAUUAUGACAGAGUGAUCUACUUUUCCUAUGUAUUUUGUGAUAUGAACUACAUACUGAUUUUUUUUUCUGUGAUGGGAGUGCAUUCUAUUUUUUAAAAUAAUAAUUAAUAAUAAUAAUGUGACUUAUAAAGCGCCAAAUCCACUCUGUAGAGUGCUCAAGGCGCAUAAAGAGCUAAGAGUUAAAUCAAAAAGUUUUUAGAAGAUUUUUGAAAGAUUUGUCAGAGGUACAUUUUUUUAAUGAAUUGAAUGAUUUUUCAUAAUAUUCAAAUGAUGCACUUCACUGUUUAUAAGCAUCUUUGCACAAUGUAGAAUAUACAUAUAUAUAUAGUCUAGUAUUAAAAUUCUCACAUUGGUUUUAAUAGUGUAUAAAAAAUAUAGAGAGCUAUGAUAUAUAUAUAUGAAAUCAAUUAAAAUUGUAUAAUUGAUUUUCCCCUGAUUUUCGGCUUGCAUAACAAAGUAUUUUUUAAAAUGUAAAUUAUGAAAUUAAUAUGAAUUAUGCAUUCUUUAUUUGAAAGAAUAUUUUGAAAUUAAUGAAUAUUUAAAUUAAUUAUUGAAACAAUAUAACCCCCCCCCCCCCUUGUGCUGUCAAUACAUGUCUAUUUUAACCCUGAAUCUCAACAGGGCUCCAUUGUUAAAGCUCAGUGAUUGAUCAUAUUACAAGUUUUUAUGAUCAAUUGUAUUGACCUCAAUGUUCAAUCAAUAUUGAAAAUGGGUAAUACAAUCAAUAAGGUUUUGUGUAAUGGGACAAAGAACUUUCUCUCUAGUUCAACUUCUGGAGGAGAAGAAAUUGUUUUUAUCUAAGGGGGAAUCCAACCCUGUGAAUAGCUAUUUGAAAAAAACACGUAGAAAAAUGAGAUUAGCAGCUAUUCAAGUGAAAGUUAGACAAAAUCAGACAAAGAAGAAGUUGCAAUUACCAUGCCUUCCGGGGUUUCAAGUUGACCACACGGAUGAUGUCAUUGUGAUGUAGGGAGUGGACCAAUCCUUUCCUUCGAUCCAAUAUUCAUAUUGUUUAAAAUGUCAUUUUCAAAAUAUAUUUUUACCCAUUAUCAUAUUUCUUUUAUGAAGAUUUAUAACAAUAUGUUAUCUGUUUUACUUUGCUUACUUCUCAGUGGGAAUGUUGUCUGACCCGCUUGCCGCAAUUUACUCACCCAGUUGCCAAUUUGAGAUGAAAAUAGCCUUAGUGACCUCAUUUUUCAAACAUUCAUAACUUCUUUAUCGAUUGUCUGCUCCCUUUGAAGCAUUCAAGAUGGUUUUAAUAUUUAUUUAUGUAUUUUAAUGUAUUUCAAUUUUCUUCUCAUUCCUUUCUAAAAAAAUAUUUUAAAUUCUUCAAUUCUAUGACUUUCUCUCUCGUAGGAUAUGAAUUGAAUUGAAUAUUUUUUGCUUUCAAACCUUAAUUUUUACCAAUAUUUGAUUUCCUCUUUGAUUUUAGGGCUGAGCCAAAAUAAGACUUAAGGAGAAUCAAUACUUCUUAAUUCAAGUGUUAACUGGCCUUGUCCUGAUGUGAUGAGCGCUAUAUAAAAACAAAUACUGCUAUUGUCAUAACCAUAACAGAAAAAAUAAAUGCUCUUCACAUUAUGAAUCUUUAUAAUCAAACUCUUUUUAAUCUACCUCAAAAUACACCUAUGAUUUCUGAACACUAUAUUUGUAAUUGUUUGUAGUUUAAGAGAUAUUCAGGUAGGCCUAACAGAAAUUGUGACCACCAUUUUUUCUGGCUUUGAAAAAUUAAGGGGUUCAUGUCUGCUUUCCAGAUCCCUCUUGUUUAGUCUUUUCGUAUAAGGUUCAAGGAGGGGGGGGGGGGGGCUGAGUAGGAUUCCUGCAGGAAGACAUGACCAACUGUGACUACAACUUAUUAACCUUUUUCCUUCUGCAAACCAGGUGAUCCCUGGACAAAGUGUAUAUAGGACUUUACACAAUUCAGUAGUCAACUGGUUAAGGUACUGUUCGGUGAAAUGUAUCUAGAAUGUAAUAUUUUGCAGUGUUGAUUUGAAUAUCUAGAGAUGCACAUUGUUACACAUUGAAUAAUGAAUAACGUGUUCAUUUGCUAAAUUGCAAGGUUUACAUGUACAUAUUGACUUUAGUAUUAUCACUACAUGUAGGUUUACAUGAAAUAAAUUAAAUGCUUGACAUCCAAAACAAAUCAGAAAAACAAGUGAAUGAGCAAUAAAUGAACGAUUAAUCCAUAUUCUCUGCUUGGCAAGAAGUAUAUGCUGUGUCCAAACCUGCUGUGCCCCGGAGUUCGCUAACAUGUUUUCAGCUAUAAAAUUUUAGCAUGCAAUUGAUUAUUACUAGGUAGAUCCCCCAAUAAAAAUAGAAGAUUUGAAUAGGUCCUAUAAAGCUUAACGAUUCAAUAGCAAAAUGUAUUUUAAAAUAGCAUGAAACCCUCUACCUUCAAGUUUUGCAGAGAGGAGUUAUAGUUUAAUGAAAAGUCUAAACAAAGCUUGUAUAUAGGUUGAACUCAUACUCUUGGAACUGUAUUCUAGCCUUAAAUAUAGAGCGAGAGGUAAGGGUGAUAUGUCCAUCAUUAUAUGUGAAUUGAGCGAUUAUAUACUUCUCUAUGUAGUUAAACUAUAUUCUUGAUGCUAUUUUUGGCAAGAAGUAUACAUGUAUGCUGUGUCCAAUCCUGCUGUGCCCCGGAGUUCGCUAACAUGUUUUCAGCUAUAAAAUUUUAGCAUGCAAUUGAUUAUUACUAGGUAGAUCCCCCAAUAAAAAUAGAAGAUUUGAAUAGGUCCUAUAAAGCUUAACGAUUCAAUAGCAAAAUGUAAUCUUUCAAAAUAGCAUGAAACCCUCUACCUUCAAGUUUCGCAGAAAGGAGUUAUAGUUUAAUGAAAAGUCUAAACAAAGCUGAACUCAUACUCUUGGAACUGUAUUCUAGCCUUAUAAAUAUAGAGCGAGAGGUAAGGGUGAUAUGUCCAUCAUUAUAUGUGAAUUGAGCGAUUAUAUACUUCUCUAUGUAGUUAAACUAUAUUCUUGAUGCUAUUUUUGGCAAGAAGUAUACAUGUAUGCUGUGUCCAAUCCUGCUGUGCCCCGGAGUUCACUAACAUGUUUUCAGCUAUAAAAUUUUAGCAUGCAAUUAAUCGUUACUAGGUAGAUCCCACAAUAAAAAUAGAAGAUUUGAAUAGGUCCUAUAAAGCUUAACGAUUCAAUAGCAAAAUGUAAUCUUUCAAAAUAGCAUGAAACCCUCUACCUUCAAGUUUUGCAGAAAGGAGUUAUAGUUUAAUGAAGUCUAAACAAAGCUUGUAUAUAGGUUGAACUCAUACUCUUGGAACUGUAUUCUAGCCUUAUAAAUAUAGAGCGAGAUGUAAGGGUGAUAUGUCCAUCAUUAUAUGUGAAUUGAGCGAUUAUAUACUUUUAUAUGUAGUUAAACUAUAUUCUUGAUGCUAUUUUUGACCAAUUUGUAGAAAUAUAAGAAAUUGUAAAAUUUGUUGAUAAAUAUAUAGAUUAAUUGAAAUUCU